CUGUUGCUUUCCCAAGAGGGAGCCAUUUCCUGAAGUCCUGCCCUCCCAGGACAUUUCUUAGAUGAAUGAGGGAUGAAACCCAUUCUCUUUUUCUACCUAGUAGAAGCAGGUGGGCCAUGUCAGACUGGGCUCCCCACACCUGCCGACAAACCCCAAAACCCAGCAUGAGGCUGUUCACCCUUGUAUCCAGAUGCUGCUCUCAGCACUGCAGAGAUCGAGGCGAGCGCUGGAGAGCAGUCUCACCAAUGCCCUUCGGCAUCUGGAGCAUGUCCGCGCAGUCAGGAGGUGCCUGGUUGCCUUGCAGAGGUGAGCAGCAGCCUCUUGCAAACCUGGAGCCCCCACAGACUUGCCCAGGGAGUUGGGCUGAGAUGGAUGCCCUGAGACCAGAGGAUGCCCAGUGGCACCAGAGUGAGGGGAGGCCCCAAAAGCAGAAGGAGCCCUGCCCCCAGCACAGGAAAACCUUAAACUGCCCUAGGGCUUUGCACAAGAUGAGGCAGUCUGGGGAGAAGCCCCACGUGUGCGCAGAGUGCGGGAAGAGCUUCCCCUGCCUCUCGACCCUGAGCGCUCACCGCAGGGUGCAUUGUGGAGCGCCCACCCACCGCUUCAGCAAUUGUGGGAAGAGCCUUGUGUGUAGCUCGGGUCUGGUCAAGCACCAACCUGUGCAGGGGGACAAGCAUCAGUACCGCUGUGUCCCGUGUGGUAAGACCUUCACCGAUUUCCUCUCCCUGGCUCAGCACCGACGCAUCCAUUUGGGCAGGAAGAUGCACCGCUGCACCAAGUGCAGGAAGAGCUUUGCCAGCCAGCAGGACCUGUCCCAGCACCAGUGUGUGCAGAGCGGGCAGCAGCAACACCACUGCACCGAGUGUGGAAAGAGCUUCAGGCAGCCCUCCGACCUGGCCAGGCACAAGUGCACGCACGCAGGGGAGAAGCCACAUCAGUGCUCAGUGUGUGGGAGAAGCUUUACCCAUUCCUCCAGCCUGGCCAGGCACCAGCACAUCCACAUCAGGGACAAACCACAUCAGUGUCUUGAGUGUGGGAAGAGGUUUAUCUACCCUUCCCACUUGGCCAAGCACCAGUGCAUCCACACAGGGGAGAAGCCACAUCAGUGCUCGGUGUGCGGGAAGAGAUUUACCCAGUAUGGGUCCCUGGCCCAGCACCGGCGCAUCCACACAGGGGAGAAACCACAUCAGUGCUGUGUGUGUGAGAAGAGAUUCAGGAGAUCCGACUCCCUGGCCCGGCACCAGCACAUCCACACCGGGGAAAAGCCACAUGAGUGCACUGAGUGUGGGAAGAGGUUCUCCCACUCUGGGUCCCUGACUCACCACCACCGUACCCACAUGCGGGAGAAGCCCCACCAGUGCUCGGUGUGUGGGAUGAGAUUCAGGAGAUCCGACUCCAUGGCCCAGCACCAGCUCAUCCACACAGAGGAGAAGCCACAUCAGUGCUCGGUGUGUGGGAAGAGAUUCAAGAGAUCUGACGCCAUGACCCGGCACCAGCGCAUCCACACAGAGGAGAAGCCGCAUCAGUGCUCGGUGUGUGGGAAGAGAUUCAGGAGAUCCAGCUCCAUGGCCGAGCACCAGCGCAUCCACACCGGGGAGAAGCCGCAUCAGUGCUCUGAGUGUGGGAAGAGAUUCAGCCACUCGGACACGCUGGCCAAACACCGCCGUAUCCACACAGGGGAGAAGCUACAUCAGUGCUCGGUGUGUGGCAAGAAAUUCAACAAAUCCAGCUCCAUGGCCAAACACCAGCGCAUCCACACCGGGGAGAAGCCACAUCAGUGCUCUGUAUGUGGGAAGAGAUUCACCCAAUCUGCCACCCUGGCCAACCACCACCGUAUCCACACAGGGGAGAAGCCAUAUCACUGCUCUGAGUGCGGGAAGAGGUUCAUCUCCUCCUCCACCUUGGCCAAACACCAGCAUGUGCACGCAGGGGAGAAGCCACAUCAGUGCUUGGUGUGUGGGAAGAGAUUCACCCAAUCUGGCCAUCUUUCCCAGCACCACCGUGUCCACACAGGGGAGAAACCACAUAAAAGAUCUGUGUGUGGAAAGAGUUUCAGUCACUCCUCCAACGUGGCCCGGCACCAGCUCAUCCACACCCAGGAGCAUCCAUAAUCCUGCCAGCAAUGCAGGAAGGGCUUGCAGAUGCCUACCAGCUCAGUACCCCGCAGUGUCUGCAUUUAGGCAAGAAGCCGUAUGCUGGUGGAGUGCAGAAAGGGGUCACCCAGCCUUUGGCCCUUCCUUGCAGGGCACUGCAGGACCCCAAGGACCCAGAACCUGCCCCUCAAGAUUUGUUUGGUGGGGAGGGUUGAGCAGGAAACACUGCAGGCAUCACCCGCCUAGAUGCUGAAGAAGUGCCUUUACUAUAGGGUGCCAUCCUCAAGACAACUGGCUGCAUAUGACAUGUAGCCCAGGACAGUCCCUAUCUCUCAGCUUCAUCUUCCCUCCUGGUUUCAAGGUUCCUUUAUACGAGGCUCUUGAGCUCCAACGAGAAGCACAUUUAUGGUUGUGUAAGCCUUCCUGCCCUCCACCCUGACCUCGCCUUUCCUCACUGCCUCGUGACCUCCCCCCCGGCCACCCCUCUCAUGCCUACUGGGGUCAGGAAGAAGCUGCUGCUGCAACACCCUGAGCCAGUUGGGCAGGUCUUGCUUUUCUGCCUCUCUCCAGAACUCUUCACCGCUGGGCACCUGCAGCUCCUCCUGCCCUCCUUCCCUUCAUUGUAUUUCCUCUAAUGAAGUCUCUGCUAAAAAAGACCCAGAAGAGAACGUGGUAUCCCUCUGUGCCCUCCAAAGCUGUGAGAUGGGAACAAAGCUGGGCCUAGAGCCCUUUCCAGGACUGAUAUCUGUGAUUUUCCAGCCCCUUCCCUUUCCAGAUGAUUCACCAUACUGCAGGGGUUGUUGCUAACCCUAGGGAGCUGGAGUUGGUCACACACGAGGCAUUGAUCCCCUGUCCUGCUGUGCAGCAAGGACUCUGUGCUGGGGGCUUUUGAAGGAACCUCCUGCAUGGGGGCAGUAGGGGUAAUGGGUGAAGGAGGUGCAGCCCGUGGCAGGGUGGGGAGAGUGUGAGGAUGUGCUCUACGUGAAAUGCAGCACGUUGUAAUCUCCCAUGAUGAAUUUUGGUGGUUCCCUGUAGAUGCCAAAGCCACUUGGCCCUAUGGUUGCCCUGUAGGGGCUACUCCAAGAGGUUAACAGCCCAUCACUGAGCACACUCAUUCAUUCAUCUGCCCCGUAAUUGUCCUCUCUGCUGAUCCCUCCCAGUGUAUAACGCCACCCCCACUUCCCCUAUAUUACAAUGUUUAAGAAAAUAACCUGGUGACUUUUGAGUGAACCUCAGUUGCAUCUUCACAAGGCCUGAGUAUCGUGCCUGCUUCCUGAAGGCUUCUCACAUUGGUUUUGUGACAGCCUUAUGGAGGAGAGUAUGGUGUGUUAUAGACAUAGAUGUAUAAACACUUGUCUUCAGGGCCCUCAGCAGGGCUGAAUAAGAGCACAGGGAGGAACCUAAGUCCACCAAGGCCCCUGUAAUGGAGCUGUUGGUCCCCGUUACUUGGAAAAGUGAAGGAAGAAACUUACCGUGCCAGCGGUGGGUCGGCAGAAAAUGCUGACAUCUUCAGUUGGCAUCGAGAGCAUUCAGUGCACCUGUAAGACAGAAAGCGUUCUUUUGAAUUUACGGUGGAAAAACCCAGAUUAGGAGAAGAACUGGCCACUCUCCAGAGAAAAGAAUUGAUGUGAUUGAUACUAGAUUUCCUGGACAUAUUUCGUGAAAAACCUGGUAGAGCAAAGGGCACGGUGCAUAGUAUCAGAACGCCUGAAGGGUGUGUGAUAAGGGACUACUGGCGGCAAGUGCCACAACACUUUUGGAAAACCGUGAAACAGGAGAUCACAUGGAAGUUGGAGUUAGACACUGUAGAGGAAUCCCGAAGCCCGUGGAAGAGCCCUGUAGUGGUAGAGCCAGAGCCGGAUGGGACUAUCAGAGUAUCUGUAGGUUUCAGAAAGGUGAACGAGGUGGCAGCAUUUGAUGCCUUCCCCAUGCCGCAAGUGGAAGAGAUGCUAGAAAAGACCAGCCAGGCUAAAUAUAUUUCAACGCUAGAUUUAAUGAAAGGUUACUGGCAAAUACCUAUGAACACAGUAGAUAAAGACAAGACAGCUUUCGGGACACCCUGGGGAUUAUUUCAAUUUAAGUGUAUGCCAUUUGGCCUACACGGGACAGCAGUAUCGUUCCAAAGUUCAAUGGACAAGGCGUUAUCGCCACAUCAAGAUUAUGCACCAGCAUAUAUUGACGAUAUCAUAAUUUUUUCAUCUAGUUGGGAAUGACAUUGUCUACACCUAAAGGCUGUCCUGCAAGAACUCAGGGAAACAGGUUUGACAGCUAAUCCCAAGAAAUGUAGUUUGAGCCAGGAGGAGGCCAAGUAUCUGGGUUUCCAGGUAGGACAAAGGCGAGUAAAACCAUUGGCAGACGAAGUGGAAACAAUAAGGAGAUACCAAAAUACUCGGCACUGAGGCAAUACAGGUUGUUCCUAGGUUUUGUUAACUAUUUUUGGAGAUUUGUUAGUGAUAAAAGGAAAGAUGAACGGAUAAUAAGUCCCUGAAAGGGGAGUCUAGACCCAUGGUGAGUUAAUGAUGGUGUUGACUUUCAUGCAGAGGCGUGAGAGCAAUGGGGGGUAGUGUCCCUCAAGAAGCAAGUAUCAAGGAUAUCGAAGCAUUGCCUGCAAACCAGGGAGGUGUUUCAUAGUUUCAUAGUAGCUAGGGUCAGGAGGGACCUGAACAGAUCAUCUCGCCUGACCCCUGCCACAGACAGGAAUGAAUGCUGGGUUCACAAGACCCCAGGCAGGUGAUCGUCCAACUCCUCUUGAAUUUGCCCAAGGUAGGGGUGAGGACCACUUCCCUGGGAAGUUGGUUCCAGAUUUUGGCCACCCUAACUGUAAAAUAUUGCCUUCUGAUCUCCAACCUAAACCUAUUCUCCAUCAGCUUGUGACCAUUGUUCCCCGUCACCCCAGGUGGUGCUGGGGAGAAAAGGGCUCUGCCUAUUUGCUGUUGUUCUCCCCUGAUGAGCUUGUAGGCAGCCACCAGGUCCCCCCUCAGCCUCCUCUUGCUGAGGCUGAACAGGUUCAGGUCCCUCCGUCUCUCCUUGUAGGGCCUGUCCUGCUGCCCUCUCACCGAGCAGGUGGCCUCCUCUGGACCCUCUCCAGGCUGGCCACAUCCCUUUUGAAGUGCGGCACCCAGUGCUAGACGCAGGACUCCAACUGCGGCCUGACCAAAGUCACGUAGAGGGGGAGGAUCACCUUUCUCGACUGGCUUGAGAUGCACCUUUGGAUGUAUGACAAGGUAUGGCUGGCCUUGCUGGCUGCGGUCUGAUAUUGGCGGCUCAUGUUCAUCUUGGAGUCAAUAAUAACUCCGAGAUCCCUUUCCACCUCUGUGCUUUCAAGAGAGGAACUCCACAGCCUGUAUGUACGCUGUGGCUUCCUUCUCCCCAGGUGCAGCACCCUGCAUUUGUCUACAUUGAACCCCCUAUUCUCAUCUGCCCACUUUUGUAGUCUGUCGAAAUCUAUUUGUAGCCUCUCUCUCCCUUCAAGUGUGUCCACCUUGCCCCACAUCUUAGUGUCAUCAGCAAACCCCAGAUCAGGUAACAAGAAAUAAUUAGAGACUUUGUUAUAAGUUAAUGAUUGAAUAACUGGACUGUAGAAACUUUUUUAAUGGUGCUCUAUCCGAAGUGGGGGAAGAAUCCUGUCGGUCAAAGAAGCUGUUUCGAUAGUUGUUGUUUUUUUCUCCUUUAUUUUUUUUGUUUCAUUAUGGGUUUCAAAUAUGACAAUGAAGUUAUGAACAGGAUGUGUUCACAAAUGCCCAGAACCAUGUUACUUAUUGUGAAGUAAGCAGAUCUCUGGUCAUGGAGAAAAAAAAAAGUAAAAAGAAAGAUUAUUUUACAACUGCGACCAUA